GCUCUUUAUAUAAAGGGCUAACCACGUAGCAUUCAUCCAUAGAAUAAGAAAAAUGGGAAACUGGUUUGGGAGAUCAAAGUUGAAGGUGACGCCAUUGGAAGAUGAUAUCGGGAUGCCGACGAAGAGCAAAGAAGACGGCGGUGAGAGUAGUCGGAAGAGCUUGGAUGCAACGACGAGCCUUGUGAGGAUCAAGGUGCGUAUGACUAAAGCAAAACUCGAUAAACUUAAGGCACAUGCAAGUAUGAGCGAAGGGGAUUCGAGACUUGGUCGUUUGAUCGUUAAGGAAUGCUUGGAAGGUAGAUUGUGCCCUCGUGUUGUUGUUGGACAACCCCAUGCGUUGGUGACUUCAAGAUCUAGGCUUUUGAGUAUGAGUAUUAUAGAUGAAGAAAGGAUCUAAAAUGAGAGUGGUAAGUGAAAAUGAGAAGAAAAUUGGGUAUGUUUUCAUGUUUUAUCUUAUCAAACAAAUUGUAAAUAGGUUAAAAUAUGUCAUCAAUCCCUAUAUUCUUUAUAAAUUUAGAAUUUAGUUCCUAUAUUUUUAUUUUUAAGAAUUUAGUAUUUUUACUUUCCAUAUUUUAAAAUUCAGAUCCAAUUGUUAAUAUAUAAUGGUAUAACGAAUCUAAAUUUAACAAAAUAAUUUUAAUAAUGUAACUAUGAACUAACCUAAAUUUAAUAUAAUAAUUUUAACAUGAUAACAAUUGGAUCUGAAAUUUGAAAUUUGAAAAGUAGAAAUAUUAAAUUCCUAAAAAUAAAAGUAUAGUGAUUAAAUUUUAAUUUUACAAAAAUACAUGGACUUGUGUCCUAUUUUAACCUUAAAAAUAUGAUGUAUAUUAGAUUGAGUGCCUACUUUUAUGCAGCUACUAAGACAAAAAAAAAUGCUCACUUAAGCUACAAUGGCUAGUUGGACCCUGUCUUAGCUGAAAAUUAUCAAGGAUUAAGUUUUAAGUGUGCUUAAAUAUACUAAAA